UGAGGAUUGGAGCAGAGACGCGCAAUGGAGCGAAAUGGAUAGAAAGUCUCUCUGCGCUGAAACUUCUUUCAAGUAAUUUACUUUGGGAAUUACUACGAGACUGAAGAUGAAACUGGAUACACACUUUCCCCACGGUGGAAACUUGGGAUCAGAGUAAUUCAGCUCAAUAUAUCUUCUACACCUGUGAAGUUUCUUCACUUUCUAUGAGGACUGAUUCAGACCCCUGAGCAGGUGUGUGCAGUCAGUAGACGACCUGUUCUGGAUAUGAGUAUAGGCACCGGUCUCAUCCCUCCAGCCUUUCCUUCAGUUUUGGAUACGUACCUUUGGCCUGACUAUUGCAGCACCGUGAGCGUGUCCUCCUUCAUCCACAAAGACUCAGUCAUAUGGACAAAUUUGCUCAGCCUAUCCAAGCUGCCUGUUGGAAUGGAAGAAAAGCAGCCCGAAGAGCAAGAGGACCUGAGCUCUGAGUUUCAGCCCCAGCUGGAUCUGUUUAGGAAGUUGGGUUUUUCCGAUGCUCAGAUCCGAGCUGUGCUGCUCAAGCUGGGCCUUCACACAAACACCGACCGGAUUCUUGGAGAACUGAUACAGGUCAGAGCAGCAGAGACAGAAAGUUCUCUCGAUCCACCAGUGCUGGUCCCGAAUGCUGAAAGUCAGAGGAAAAGUCACAGUCUUUCAUCUCUACCUGCUGAACAAGGUGACGCAGGCCCGGAUGAAGAUGCCCUCAAGCCGAUAGUGAUAGACGGCAGCAACGUAGCGAUGAGUCAUGGGAACAAGGAAGUUUUCUCCUGCCUGGGAAUCCAGCUGGCUGUGAAGUAUUUCCUGGAUCGAGGGCACACAGAUGUGACUGUGUUUGUGCCGUCGUGGAGACGCGAACAGCCCAGGCCGGACGUGCCGAUCACAGAUCAGCAAAUUCUCCGUGAGCUGGAACGGAAAAAGAUUCUGGUCUUUACUCCAUCAAGGCGUGUGGCGGGAAAGCGGGUGGUGUGCUACGAUGACCGCUUCAUUGUGAAGCUUGCAUAUGACGUGGAUGGUGUCAUAGUGUCUAAUGAUACCUACCGAGACCUGCAGGGAGAAAAGCCUGAGUGGAAACGCUUCAUAGAGGAGAGGUUGCUCAUGUACUCAUUUGUCAACGACAAGUUUAUGCUGCCAGAUGAUCCACUUGGGAGACAUGGGCCGACUUUGGAAAAUUUUCUGCGCAAGACUCCCCGAGCUACUAAGAAACUACCUUGCCCUUAUGGUAAGAAGUGCACCUACGGGAUCAAGUGCAAGUUCAGUCACCCAGAACGUGGCAAGCAAUCCCAGCGUUCCUUGGCAGACGAAUUGCGUGAGAAAGCCAAAAUGCCCUCUUUUCCACAGAAAUCAUUGUUUGCAGGCUCAAACCCUUCCCAUGGAGCUUCUCUGGAAGAAGUGAUGGAGCAAAAACUUACUCUCAAUCAAAGUGUACCAGUCAAAAAGACCCACACCAGUGAGAAUAUGGUGGUUGUCAAGAACACACCACAGCCUACUUCAAGAAAGUCCCCUUCAAAGCGAGAUUGUUCUGGCAAGUACUCACCAACAAAUCCAGACUACAUUUCUGCUUCUGUUCAGGAGUACCUGGACUCAGGUCUGGGCUCAUAUGAAUGUCACAGUGAGCUCCAGUUUGGAGGAGAGCAAAGGAAGUCCAAGAAUUCUUCUAGUGGAAGGUUCCAACAUCCUCCAACUUGCAGCCAGUCCUUAAACCAAUCCAAUGUACAAUCCAAUCCAGGUUACCAACCCCACCACAUCAAUAUAGCUCCAUCCCAAAACCCAAGCAACCUGCCAUACCCUUACCCCCAAUAUCACUCUUAUGGAGGAGCACCUUACCCACCAGGUAACUUUCCCCGCUAUAGUGUACCCCAUGAGUACCACCACAGAACCAUUCCGCCUCCUCGAAGUGGCUACUGGUCUGAGCCAUACAGACACUUUGGCCACAUGCCUCCAACCCCUGUGCAGGGUGACAGCUCUCCCUGGAACCAUCCAAUGUCAGACAGGGAGCAAGUAAGGAAGAAGCUGCUAGCUGUGUUUAAUGCCCGUCUCGUGGACAGAGCAAUGGAGAUGUUCCCAAACGUAAUGGACCCCCAGAAACUGGCUGUGGAGAUUAUAAACCUGCAGUCAUAUGAAGGGGUUUUGUGACUUUUGCUGCCUCAUGGUUGGCUUGUUAACAAGUUUACACACACAAGUGUGUAGUGUGUGCAUGUAUUGUACAUUUCUGAAACAGUGGGCCCUGGAAAAAUUCAGGUUCAGGUGAAAGCCUUUAUUGGUUUUAAGAAUGAAAUUGAAGGUUACAACAAAUUACAACAUUGAAAAAGCAUCCAUUCAUUGAUAUGUAUGUUCUGUAUACUGCAAUUUGAAUUUUGUGAUUGUACCAUUUUCCCAUCCUUUUAAAAUAACAUGUUAAAUCGUACAUUAUACUCAUUAAAACGUAUAUAUAAAGAAUAUAAUGCACAGCAGGGUCUGCUGUUAUAGGAAGAAACUCAAAGGCAGGGUGGUAUGAUGUCCUUGCAUUUGAUUAUUUAGUCAUAACUGCACAUCCUAAAGUACUCUUCUACUAUAGUGAUUACACGAGGUUUUAAUUGAAAUGUAUAAUUUCAGAACAUCUAUGAAACAAUUUAUUAUGGUAAAAGCAUACAAAAAGUAUGGUCAGUUAUGUGCCAGUUAUUGGAAAAAAAUUACCCAAUUUACCUCAUUUGGAACUAGGAUUGGUAUUGUUUAAAUACAAUAAGAUGACAUUUAUUUAAUUAAGCAUGUUCAGCCAAAAGGUGUUACCAAAAUACAGUUAUUUUGGUAAAGAUGUUAUUGGUUGUAUUGACCAACCUGGCAUAGUGUUUUUAUCUGGAUUCAUUUCUCAGGUACUGGUUUGUAGAGAAGGUGGCACGGAAUGACGUCGUAAUAGACCGUAAUACUGUAAGUCACCUCUAUAAUUUUUUUUAUACUUGUUUUGAUGUUUUUGUUCUAUUUUAGAAAUCUUUUAGGUGUCUAGCUAUAUGAAAUAUGACUGUGUCUUAUAUUUUGUAAGUAAAUAUAGGUUUUCACGUUUGAGUAGUAAAUAGUGCUUAAUACGGUUUGUUGGCACCGUGUGCCUGAUACAAUGAAAGUCUGAAAACUACCUAAAACAGGUAAAUGAGUGUACACCCUGUGGGUUCUGGGUAUUUUCCCAUUCAAUAUAAAGUAAAUUGUUACAUAGUCACUGUUGGGUACAAGUCACAUGACUUUCCUGCACCACAGCAUUCAGAUUUUACUUACUGUAAGAAACUUUUUUGCAAAGCAGAACUACCAUGAUGAAAGAGCAAAGGCAAGAAGUGCUUGAGCGAUGCCGAGAUAUUGCAAAAAUGCAUUUGAGGUUUUAAAAGUGAUUUAUGCAAUAUUAUUAAACUCCUGCCUCGUUGACAUGACACAUUUUGUAAUCUGUAACGCAAUAAAGACAAUAUUAUAACAA